AACUUCACUCAUACAACUAUUGGCCGAUUCACUUACACAAGACCUAAACGAUGGGCAAGAACGAUAAAAAAUCCGGCGAUAAAGGCGGCGGCAAGGGAAAAGGCGCUGAGGCCAAAGAAGGAGGAGGCAAGGCAAAGGGAGCGAUGUCUAUCAACGUUCGUCACAUUCUGUGCGAAAAACAUGCUAGGAAAGAAGAGGCUUUGCUGAAGCUGAGCGAGGGUGUCAAAUUUGACGAGGUGGCACGGGCCUAUUCAGAAGACAAAGCACGACAAGGGGGUUCUCUAGGUUGGAAGAUUAAAGGGAGCCUGGAUCCUACGUUUGAAGAAGUUGCCUUUUCUUUGGAGCCGAGCACUACGAGCAAUCCUAAAAUUGGAGAGGCCAAGACUCCGUUUGGCUAUCACAUCAUCAUGGUCGAGGGGCGGAAAUAAAAAAUGGGCAACCGCAUGUUUUUCAGAGAGCAUUAGUGUGCAAAAAAGAGCCAGCAAUAUCAGAUGAUUCUUUAAAUUCCUUUUUUAUUUUUCCCGUCAUGCAAGUUGGCCA